UUUUAAAAAAAAGUCUCUUUUAAGACAAUCAAUCUCUCUUUCCAUCUAAUCUCUCCGACCAAAAACAAAAGCAUAACUUAAUAGACUCUUCAAUGGCAGAAUCUGAGCCAAAAAUCGAGUACACGCCGACCAACGUCGAACCCGCCGUCGCAAUGACGUCACCGGCAUCUUCCUCCGUCGCCACAACAAGCGUCCACGUAAGCGCACUCGACGGGCUCGUCAACGUGAACUCCCUCUUCACAAUCGCCGUCUUCGUCGGCCUCUCCUUAGCCACCCCGGGACAGCACAGCCUCGAGCAGCGGUCAAACUGCGACGCGAGCGACGACGUGGCGAAGAAGCUGCUGGUCUUCGAAGUCGUCUCCUUCAGCUUCUUCCUCUUCUCCUCCCUCGUGGCUCAGGGUCUCAAGCUCGCGCUGAACCUCCUCAACAGCAAAGACGUGGACGAGAUUUUCAGGGCGCAUAUCAACAUCAAGGUGCUGAGAUGGGGAAUGAUGGCGUCUGCGGUUGGAUCUGUGAUGGGUUGUUUGUUCAUGAUGCUCUCUAUGGUUAAUGUGAUUCAGAUCCGUUUGGGGUUGCUAUCUUGCGGUAGUAAAUCUGCGGUUCAGGCGGUUGCGACGCUUGUGACGCUGGUUUCCUCUGCUCUGUUGGUUUAUAUCUCUACUGCCUUUUACGCUUUUUGGCACUGAAUCUUGAUUCGAAUCAGUUCAUCCAAGAACAAAGUUUUAUCUCUUUUUGUUUUUGUUCUCUGGUUUGAAUCAAAAUGACAAAUUAAUCAAGAGAAGUUGAUGUUAAAUU